AUGACAGCAACCACCAUUACAAGAAUCGCUAUAAGUGAUAAGCGCCAAUGGAAGAAUCGAGAUGUUGUCUCCAAGACUCCAGCGAUCUCAAAUAUGAUUAAUUCGAAAAGUGUCAAACUCAAAGCGAAAGUAUUUGUGAUCUCACCUGAGAAACUAAUAUUAUCGCUGUAUCCUCCAGAAAAGCCAUCUAAUUUAUCACAGUCUUUACUAUUUAAUUAA